GCAGCAGCAGCUGCUGCUGCUGCUGCUGUUGCUGUUAGUGGCCUUACAAACCCAACAACGUUAGGAAGACAAAACAUCUCAAAAACCUUCUGCAACACGCGAGAGGCAUUAAUAAGGAAGGUUCUACCUCUGGUACCUUCAAAAUAAUACUAAAGAGUGUGUGCUCCAUAAUGGAACUGAUAAUAUAACAGAAGUGGAGAAACUCAACUUAGAUUUUCCACAGGAAGUUGUGCAGGCGAUCCAAGAGAUGAUCUUGCAGCUCAUCAAUGAUUCUUCCGAGUGAUGAUCCUUUUGAUGCCCCAGAUUUUAAUACAGUAGAGUACAUCAAUACACGGUUCCCAGCUGAGCAGUCUCUCCACCAUAUUGAUGAUGUACUGGAGGAGAUGAGGUUAAAAAUUGCUUCCACUGAUGACCAAAUUAGGACAGUUGUUAGGUCACUUACUAAUGUUGAUCAGGAUGGACGUGCAUCAUUACUCAAUGCUCAGGAAGCCAUAGCAGAGCUUUUCACUCGGUUUCAAGACAUCAAGGUAAGAGCAGGUGAAUCUGAACAGCGUGUGAAAGAGAUCACACGAGAUAUCAAGCAGCUUGACACAGCCAAGAGGAACCUUACUACUUCUAUUACCACGCUUAAACCACCUCCAGAUGUUGGUAGAGGGAGUUCAGAAAUUGCAAGCUCUGAAAGUUCGUCGAGGUAUGGAGAAAUUGCCACAUUUCUACAAGGGGUCAUGAAUGUUUUGGAACAUCUCAAGUGCUACAAAACAUAUUCCUCAAGUUGCAGCUUUGCUCACCGUUUUGUUAAACACAUGCUCAGUGGAAUUCAGAAUUCUAAAUCAAAACCAACUAGUAUACAGUUUUGUCAAACACAUUCAAUGGAAUUGCUCAGCUUUCAUGUGAAAUUUACUUUAGUACUGGUGUCAUCUGAUCUCUUUACAGAAAUAUAG